AUGCUUUUUUGCCAGGAGGUGCAGAUCUGGAUGCCAUAUGCCUCCCCUCAAACCCUUCACCAGCGUGAGGUGGUAGUUCGGACCUUCAGUGGGCAGAGCUGGAGUGAUCUGAGAACAAGAGUGGAGCAGAAGAGAAAAUCAAAGAAGCAUGUGGCUCACUGUAGCGUCCUUCACUUCUCUUGGUUCCUCAUUGUGUCUCGACUUGUGCAAAAUGAAUGCAAAGUGCCAACAGAGGGGACAUUGCUCUUCUCCAGUGUGGAUCCAAACAUCAAAGUGACCUUUCCUCCUGGAGUCACUGAAGAGACUCGCAGUGUCAAGCUGCAGGUGCUGCCGGUGUCUGCAGAAGAGAUAGAGGAAAUCACAGCCGAUGCAAGGUGCAGAGCCAGUCCCCUGCUCUGCCUCUCCCAGGACUCCCUGGUGGAUUUUCUCAGGCCAGUGAGAAUUCAGCUGCCCCUUCCGCCCGGGGUCACAGGGCUAAAUCUGGAUCGGUCAAGGCUGCAUCUUCUCCAUGGUGACCUGGAGGGCCAAACCUGGGAUGACAUUACCAGUCAGGUGGUGCUGGAAUUCACCCAUCUUUAUGCAGUAUUUGAAGUCACCCACUUCUCCUGGUACUGGCUGUGGUAUACCACCAAGACCUACAUUGGAGGCAUUGCCAAGAAAGUCUACGAGCGGCUGCGCAUGUACCAGGUGAACUUCAUUGCUCUGCAGAGGAAGAAGGACCCCGAGCAAGUCCUGCUACAGUGUGUCCCCAAGCACAAGGUUGACCCAGUGCUGAAGAAGCUGCAGGACCGCUAUCGAGGACCGGAGCCAUCCGACAUGGUGGAGAUGUUUGAGGGAGAGCAAUUUUUUGCAGCUUUUGAGCGAGGCAUCAGCAUCGAUAUGGAUCGCCCCGACUGCGUGGAUGGACGUCUCUCAUUUAUUUUUUACUCCCACUUGAAGAAUAUGAAGGAAAUCUAUGUGACCUCUCCUGUAGACAGGAAAGGCCAAGCUGUAAAAGGCCAGGUCUCUUUCUACCGAGGGGCAGUUCCCCAGAGCAUCCCUGAAGAUGCCAGCAGGAGGAGGAAAGGACCAGACUCCCUCUGGCUUGCUACUCUGCCCAUCAAACUGCCUCGAUUGAAACCCCGCUGGGGUGAGAACCCUGGAUCCUUGAAUGGCUUCUCCUUCCCUCCCUUGAACCUGGGCAACGCUGAGACUGGCUACCUGACUCAGGCAAACCUGCUGAGCAUUGCCAGGCGGGUGGGAGCUGACUGGCAGAUCAUCGGCCUGAACCUGGGCUUGACCUAUCAGCAGAUUGAGCGCAUAGGAUACAAUAACAGAGAGGACCUUGAUAAGCAGAUCCUGGACAUGCUUUUCUCAUGGGCUCAGCAAAACUCGGAGGAUCCUGACUGCGUGAGCAAGUUGAUUGCAGCCAUGAAAGAGAGUGGUCGCCAGGACAUCGCUGAUGAGGUCGAAACCAUCAUUGAGCUGGGACGGCAGAAAUACAGGGAGUCCAUCCGCCGGGUGGGCUUGGAGCAGGAGAGCACCACUGAGGACUCUGCAAUAGCUAUGAUGUAG